AUGGUGAACCUUCUAGCAAUAUCUACGUUGUUUUUUGUUAGCACGGUAUGCCAAAGGAACGCGAUGAAGGCUAGGUCGGAAACAACUCAUGGAUUUGGCAGAUAUCGUGUCAAUUCCCUGGUACGAAUACGUGCACGUGAUGUAAGGAGCCCUCCAAUGAACACGACAGAGGAGAUUCCUGUCUGGUCAUCAGUGAAAGGAAAAUAUACUCCCUGGAUUGCUUAUAGAGGCUGUUACCAGAUUUCCACAUUACCCACAAAUCAGUCAACACGUAGUUUGAUGGUUAACAAUAAUUCAGUGGGGGCCUGUUAUUGGCAGUGUAAAAUGAAAGCCCUGAAAAGUAGUCUAUGUGAAAACACAACAGGUAUUCAAUUUGGACUGCAGAAGUCCCACUGUUUCUGCUAUUGCAAAGGUCCAGCUCGUCGUAACCUCGACCAGAGUGACAAAUGUAACAUUACCUGCUCACCUUCUUCUUUUGAGGACGGUGAAUGUGGCGGUCAGGGUCACUUCAGUGCUUACGAAGAAUGCAAGUACACGUUUAUGAUUGAUAAACCCUGUGGAUUAGUAGAUAUUAAUUCUAAUAUGUUUGUACAUUAA